AUGGAAAAUCCACCAAGUUGGCCGAUAUUCCUUUUCUAUGGAAUUUCAAUUCCAAGUCUUCCACUGUAUAUUAUGGUACUUAUAUGUCUUAUAAAAUUGAGAUUCCACUCAAAAACAUAUCAAUCAACGUUUUAUACUAUUCUCAUGCAACAUUCAAUUGCUGAUAUUUGCAUCAUGAUAUUCUACACAACUACAUGGGGACUUCGCACAAAACCCGGCAUCAGAGAAAUGCUGUACACCUACCAACAUUUUUACGUUGCGGCUGCCCUCUAUAAUUCAAUAUAUUACACAUUGUAUAUUCGAUGUACUGGAAUUGUAUUUCUAUCUCUUCAUCGUUUUCUUGUCAUUUCUGGACCUACUCACCGUUUGACUCUGAUGGUUCAAGAGGCUGCCACAUGGAAAGUUGUAGCAGUUUAUUGGAUUUUUCCCACUUUGAUUAGUCUAAUAGUUCUGAAAGAUACAGAUGUUUAUUACAAUUCAAUGGAAGAGUUGGAAUAUGUCGUGCCAAAGAAUAUUCUAUCGCGUAAUACCUUGAUGGCACUGAUAGUUCUGUCAUCCACUUGUCUAAUUUGUGUAGUAUGCUACAUUGCCUUGUGGUUCAUCAUUCGAAAACAUAAAAAUGGAUCUCAAAAAUCGUUCCAACGUGAAAUGUAUCUGGCAUUUCAAGUUCUCGUCCUACUUUGUGCAUUUUUCAUUAUGUUUGCAUAUUAUCUAGCUGUCAACUACUUUUCAAGGACACAAAAUACCGGACCAAUUUUCUACAUGCGCGCAGUUUAUCCAAUUGCCAAUGGAAUUCUAUCGUAUAUUAAUCCAUUUUGUAUUAUAAUUUUGAAUCGGGACUUUUCAAAACAAUUCAGAACAAUGUUAAAAUGUCAAAACUCUAAAACGAAAGGCAGAAGAACAGCUACAGUUUAUUCUGGAAUGUCAAAUCCUGCGUUAAGAACAAGUACUUCUCAAAUUUCACAGAAUUUUUGACGUGUUUGCGAGUGCUCAAAUAUUUUUGACGACUUUGAAGCAACGGUCAAAUAAACAAUUUUAAAAAUUCAGGAUCUAAUAAACAUUUAACAAUUUGUUUACUGUUUUGGAAGUGGAAGGAAAACUCGAAUACUGUAUUUUUUGUUAGUCACAAUUGCUUUAUUUUGACAACUCUUGGUUGUCUUGGAUUUUAUCAAAAUAUUUUAAAACCUACAUUUACUGC